AUGGUAGAAAAAACAGAUCUCAUCAUUGAUGGUAAUGCUCUUUACUAUUUUUUGUAUUAUACAUCUGAUCCAAAGCUGGACCAGCGAUGUGGAGGGGAUUAUCCUGGAUUCAAACAUGAGGUCUGUAAGUUCUUUAAGACUCUGCAGGACUGUGAAGUCAAUCCGUACGUCAUCCUGGAUGGAGAAGAGGAUGGAAAAAUUCCUGCUAAGAUCUACACACAUUCAAAGUUUUGUGAGCAUUUUAAAUUGGACCCUGCUCUCAUGCCAGUCUUUGCUUCAAUAGCAGGAAAUGAUUAUUCAAACUUAGAAGACAAUGACAUUUUUGCAAAUAAAUCAUCUUCACCUGGAGAUAAGAUUACUGAAUAUGACAGGAAUGGAGAAAAUAUCAAACACUACCAUGUCCGACCAAUACCUCCCAGCAGUCAUGAACAGAAACAACUGAAACUACAGUGUCUGACAGAGUACCUCUCUAUGCAGGAUGAGCGUCGCAGGGUGUUUGAAGAAGCUCUGGAGGUUCAGACUUCAGUCUUAGAAAACAUCCCCAACCAGCUGAAGCUGCCAGUCUAUGUGACUGUUUUCUGGUUCAAGAGUCUACAACAGCACCACUGCCUCCAUGCCCUCCUGCUGUGGUUUGUGUGUAAGCCCGAUGGUCCAGAGGACGAGUUUGAGAGGAAGAUGAAAGUUUUAAACGAUGAAGGUGUGAGUAACUGGAAGCCAUGUGUGGCUCAUGCUUUCAGCCAAUGGCAGUGCUGCAUGAGGCAGAGCCUCCACCUGAACCAGCUGCUGCUUUCCCCUCUACCAGAACCUCAGUUUGCCCGGUAA